AUGUUAACUUCAACCCAAAUUGAAGAUGGUGGGAAUGAUAUCUCAUCUGGACUACGAUAUAGGUCGAAAUUAUAUAACAAGCAAAGACUUGAGCAACUUGAAACAUUGCUUAUGACACCACCAUUAGCAGAAGAAAGAGAUGACAUUGUAACAGACUUACUUUCAGCGUUUUCAUCAGACGGAGUUGUUAAAUUUUUUUCAAGCAUUGAGAUCGAAGAAAUAUCUCAGCUUGAAGUCAAAAUGGAUGGUUAUUUAAUUUUCAAGGAUGAAAUAGCAUUGAAACCUUCAAAUCUUUUUGAAGAUCUUGAAAGUGCAAGAAGGACGAUAGUUGAUACAUACUUAUUGGAAGCGGUUGACCAUAAGUAUGAUCCAAAAACUUACGACACUAAAAAAGAUAAAUUAGCAAUAUAUCCAGAGUAUUAUGUCAGACCCCAAAAUGUUGAAAGAGAUUUGACUUUAAGGGGAUCAAUUGACUAUAUUUCUGCUGAAAGAGCAGAACCUAAUAAUCUGUCACUUCAAGCCGGGCAUAGUUUACCAAGCCAUUGUGUAUUCUGUGCUGUUGAAGCAAAGAAAGAUGAGUCAUUUGCUCAAGGUACUGGCGAACUUCUUGGACAAAUGAAGGCGCUACAUAAAAGAGAAAAGAAACCAAUUAACGGUGUGCUUACUGAUGGGUUGAGAUAG